AUGAUAAGCUUCUCUGUAUCCCCUCCGACGAACGUCCUCCCCCUCAGACCUUCUUCAGCCGCCGUUCCCGGCGAAAAGCAUUCUUCUAAUUUAUCGUCAUCCUUCAAACCCGCCGCCGAUUUCCAACCUCUGCAGCUAAAAACCGCUCUCCUCCGCCAACUCGAUGCCGGGAAUCUUCACAAAGCGGUCUCCACUCUUGACACGAUGGCCCAACAGGGGCACUAUCCAGACCUCGCCGCCUAUUCCCUUCUCCUCAAAUCCUGCAUUCGCUCCCACAACUUCCAGCUCGGCCGGACCGUUCACGAGAAUCUCUCCCGCUCCGGAAUCGAGCCCAACUCGGUCAUCCUCAACUCGUUGAUCAGCCUGUACGCGAAAUCCGGCGACUUGGAGAGAGCCGAUUCGAUAUUCGGGAGCAUGGGAGGGAAGAGGGAUGUGGUUUCAUGGAGCGCGAUGAUCUCUGGUUAUGCAAACAAUAAUGGGAUGGGAUUCGAAGCCAUUGCUGCGUUUGUAGAGAUGCUUGAAUCCGGGAUUUUCCCCAACGAUUACUGCUACUCCGCGGUGAUUAGGGCGUGUUCCAGUAAGGAGAUGUUACCCUUCGGCGAGGUGAUCUUCGGGUCGGUGUUGAAAACGGGGUACUUGGGUUCCGAUGUCUGCGUGGGUUGUGCGCUGAUUGACAUGUUUGUGAAGGGAGGUAAGGACUUGGAAUCUGCCUACCAGGUGUUUGAUAAAAUGCCUGAGAGAAAUGUGGUUACCUGGACGUUGAUGAUAACGAGGUUUCAGCAGCUGGGAUGUCCUAGAGAAGCCAUUGAAUUGUUCAUCUCAAUGGUUUCGAAUGGCUGCGUGCCAGAUCGUUUUACUCACAGUGGAGUGAUUUCUGCUUGUGCCGAGUUGGGUUUCUUAUCACCUGGGCAGCAGUUCCAUGCUUGGGUUAUAAAGUCAGGAUUGGCGUCAGACGUUUGCGUUGGAUGCAGCUUGAUCGAUAUGUAUGCGAAAUGCUCUCCAAACGGGGCGCUAAAUGUCUUAAAGGAAGUGUUCGACAGAAUUCAAGACCAUAACGUGAUGUCUUGGACCGCCAUCAUCACAGGCUACGUUCAGAGUGGAGCACACGACAUGGAAGCAAUCGAGCUCUUCCUCGAAAUGGUUCAAACCCGAAUUACCCCCAACCAGUACACUCUCUCUGCAGUUCUUAAAGCGUGUGCAAGCCUCUCCAAUCCACUAAUCGGCGAACAAGUUCACUCUUAUGCAAUGAAGCUUGGUCUUUCAGCAGUCGACUGUGUAGGCAACUCUCUCAUCACCAUGUACGCGCGAUCAGGGAACAUGGAACACGCCAGGAAAGCCUUUGAUGUCUUGUUUGUGAAAAAUCUGGUUUCUUACAACGCCAUGGUCGAUGCAUACUCCAAGAGCUCAAACUCCGAACAAGCAUUCGAGCUCCUGCACGAAAUCGAAACCGAAAUCGAUUCCUUCACAUUCGCCAGCCUAUUGAGUGGAGCUUCGAGCAUUGGCGCGAUAAGCAAAGGCGAGCAGAUCCAUGCCAGGAUCCUAAAAUCGAGCCUUGAACCGUGCCUUCACGUCUCCAACGCUCUAAUCUCCAUGUACUCCACCUGCGGAAGCAUAGAUUCCGCUUCCCAAGUCUUCAAUUCCAUGGCAGAUCGAAACAUCAUAUCCUGGACUUCAAUGGUGACAGGAUUUGCCAAACACGGAUUGGCAGCUAAAGCAUUGGAGACAUUCGACGAGAUGGUGAAAGCAGGAGUGAAGCCGAAUGAUGUGACCUACAUUGCAGUUCUAUCAGCUUGCAGCCAUGCAGGGUUGGUCUCAGAAGGAUGGACACACUUCGAAUCGAUGAAGACCCAACACGGUAUCAACCCCAGAAUGGAUCAUUACGCUUGUAUGGUCGACUUGUUAGGCCGAUCAGGGCAUCUAAACGAAGCCAUGGAGUUCAUCAACACAAUACCAUUUAAGCCAGACCCUUUAGUCCUCCGAACACUCCUCGGAGCUUGCCAAGUACACAAAAACACAGACCUCGGCAAGCAUGUUGCCAACAUGAUCAUCGAACAGGACCCCGACGAUCCUGCAGCAUACGUGCUGCUUUCGAACCUCUAUGCAUCAGCCGGGCAAUGGGACAAGGUGGCAGAGAUCAGGAAACAUAUGAAACAGAGGAAUCUGGCCAAGGAAGCCGGCUGUAGCUGGGUCGAGGCGGGUAACUUGAUCCACAAGUUUCACGUCGGCGACACAUCACACAAACAAGCUUUCGAGAUCUACCAGGAGCUGCACGCGCUGGUCAACGAGAUCAAAGAGAUGGGUUACGUUCCGAACACGGACUUCGUGCUCCAUGAUGUUGGGGAAGAAGAGAAGGAGAAGUAUUUGCUGCAGCACAGUGAGAAGAUUGCUGUGGCGUUUGGGUUUAUUGGUUCGGUUGGGUCUUCCAAACCGGUCAGGGUUUUCAAGAAUCUGCGUAUUUGUGGGGAUUGCCACUCGGCUUUCAAGUACUUCUCGGUGGCCCGGGCCAGAGAGAUUGUGGUCAGAGAUUCGAACCGGUUCCAUCACUUCAGGAACGGGAGUUGCUCCUGCAAUGAUCAUUGGUGA